AUGUCGUUGGACGAUACAGAUCUAUCCGAUGGGACCUCACCUCAGCAAUGCGGCUUCCGUCGUCAUCGCGGGACCACGGAUAUGAUCUUCGCCGCCCGUCAACUUCAGGAGAAGUGUCAGGAGAUGCGGACCCACCUGUACUCUACCUUCGUGGAUCCGACGAAAGCCUUCGACACAGUGAAUCGUGAAGGACUGUGGAAGAUCAUGCAGAAAUUCGGCUGUCCGGAGCGAUUCACUCAGAUGGUGCGUCAGCUGCACGAAGGUAUGAUGUCGCGAGUCACGGACAACGGUGCGGUCUCAGAGGCAUUCGCAGUGACCAACGAAGUGAAGCAGGGAUGCGUGCUGGCGCCUACCCUCUUCAGUCUUAUGUGCUCUGCCAUGCUAAUGGACGCCUAUCGCGACGAACGCCCCGGGAUCCGCGUCGCCUACAGGACGGACGGUCACCUUCUGAAUCAACGGCGGAUGCACUUCCAAUCACGCGUCUCCACAACCACCGUUCACUAA